AUGGCUGUUCACCCAAGAGAUCCGAUGGCGUCGUUGAAGUUGCCUUUAUCUCUCCGAGAUCUGCCUAAAUCAGUUCUGACUUCGAGUUCCAGCCCUCCUCAGAAGUCCGAUCCCAAAUUUCCGGAAUUUACUCACGGAAUAGGUGUCGUCUUCGAUUAUCAGACGUAUUUCAAGAAGAAGAGAGACAAGCAUUCCGGGAUUAAACUUAAUUCGGCCUUGGAAUUCACCGCUAAACUCGAAAGGUAUGCGAUCAGAAUGGCCAAGGAAAACUCGAGUAAGUGGAUAAGCUUUGGGGACUGAGUCUGGAUGGGGUUCCGAGAACAUACCACUUGUGGUCAGCAGGCCAAAUGUUAAUCGGUUUCUAUUUUCUCUCGGCUUAUUAAUCCCCUCCGGAUUAAACAUGUUGUAGCAUGUGCAUGGGAGUGAUUGCGUCAUCUCCAUUUCAGAGAUUAAUCGGCUUCUUCGCCCGAAACAUCCAAAUCUGGCCCCCAAAUGUUCGAUUUGCGAACUUUUUCUGUUAGAGAACCCAGCUACCGUAUACUUCCACAUUUGUGAGUUGCCUCCUAAUACUAACUUUAUAAAAAUGAUGAUUAAUUUAUUGAUCAUUACGUUUUAGGGUCCUCGGAUACAAAAAAUGCAAUGUCCUUGAGUUGGAAUCAGGUCCCCAGAAAUGUGGCCAAGGAGAUUGGCGAUGGCGAGGUAACAAAGCCGGCCAGAAAAUAUGGUUUCAGUAUCUGAGUGGCCCCGUAGAUUUGUGUAAUAGUUGUACGGAGACGAUGAAAUGGGCUCAAGAAAGAAUCGAAUGGCAUCGGAUGAAGAGGAACAUCAGGAAUGGGAAGGACCUACCGGCUAUUUGUGAUCUCUACACUCAGUUACAGACUGCGAUGAGAUUAGUCCAUUUUUGUUCUAUCGAAUAUAAUCUGGCCUUACAAUAA